CAGCAACUUCACCAACAAGCAAGGCAGUCUAGCACGCGCAUGCGUAGUCAGCAGAGCCCUGCUGCUGCCUCGCUCCAUCGGUAGGCACGAAGAAGAAGAAGAAAAACAGGAAUAAAAGUAGUCAUCAUCGUUUGUGGACCAAGGAGCUGUGCAUGUGCCCUGCAGUGCUCCCUUAUUUUCUAGUCUUGUCGCGUGUUGCAAGAUCAUGUAACCAAGGCCGCGCCAAAAUCUUUUUCCCUCUCGGUGACACAUGCCAUUUUGUUUUGUGUGUGUGUGUGCUGUGGCCGUGAAGUGAAUUUAACUGGCAAAGUUGCACUGGGUCGGUGUAGAUUCGUCACGUCGGGAUCGAUAAUUGGGACCACACGUUGGUGGCAGCCUUGUUUUCCAGUUGUUAGGGCGUGGGAAUCUAGUGCUGUUUCUCGUGUUGAAGAAGAUGUGGCCGACGAAUGUCUUUUCCGUGUUGUUCAUUCUCACCGUGUUCUUUAGCAGCCAUAACGCGAACGCCGAACGGAAAACUCAACCGGAUUCGUCCAACACGAUCGCAGACGAAAGUGCAGACGACGAACAGAAAUCGGAUGUUUUGACCAACGAGCUGCUGCUUCCUGAUGCCGGCAGUAGAAGGGGUAAUCGAUCCGAGGAAGCCAGCGGCGAUCAGGAUCUGUACCAGUCGUCUGUCGAUCGUUUUAACAUCAGCGAUGGUGCCAGCAAUGGCACCCAACCAGAAAUUGAUUGGGGCGCUGUUUGGCCUUACUUCAACACCGGCUGCCUGCAAUGGCUGCCCAUCAAUCACAUCUAUUUCCAGUUGGCCAACAGUUUCCUCUUCCUGUCCUACCUGGCGCCGGCGGGACUCUACGGACUAAUCUACCUGCGUUUAAUGUUGGCCAUUGGCUCGGCCUUUUUCGCCAUAUGGGGAUGGAUCAUCCUUUGCGCUUUUGACACUUUCCUGUGGAACGCAUUUUUCCUACUCAUCAACAUCGUGCACGUUAUUUACCUCCUGUUCUCCUUGCGACCGGUCAGAUUCGACAAACAAGUCGAAGAGGUGUACAAAAACAUUUUCCAGCCCCUAAAAGUAUCGAAACAGCAAUUCAAGAAAGUCGUCAACUGCAUGAAAUCCAUCCGGCCGUUGAAAAGGGGAGAACAUUUCGCCAUAGAAAAGCAAACGCGAGUUGAAUCACUUUCUCUCUUACUCUCUGGCAGCAUGUUGGUCAUCGAAAACGGGCGAACGCUGCACGUUCUCCAUCCGAUGCAAUUUCUCGACUCGCCCGAAUGGUUCGGUGUUUCGUCAGACGAUUUCUUCCAAGUGAGCAUCCGAGCUUGUGAGGAAUCGGGCGUCUUAUUAUGGCACCGCGAUAAGCUGAAAUUGAUCCUGCUGACCGAUCCUUUCCUGCAAGCCGUUUUCGAUCACAUUCUCGGACGAGAUGUCGUUCGCAAACUAACCCAGAUGAAGGAAAAGAUUACGAGCCCAGGCAGCGGAGCAGGAAGUCCAUUCAGGUCCAGCAACCUUGUCAAUAACGGAUCUUUUAUCGAAAACGAAAAGUCGUUGACUCUUCCAGCCAACACGAAAAGUUCGGGUUCUCCUAGCUUUACCAAACGGACAGAUCUGAUGCACUGUCGAAGAUUCUCCAGUUCAACCAUCGACAGUUAAAUGUCUCUUUGAAGGCACAAACAAUCCCGGAUAACAUAUUCUAUUUCAGCCGUGUUUUGCAUUUUUGAGUUCAGUUAUUCUAGUGACACUGCAGCACGCACGAAAGCGCACAAACGAACCCAGUUGCCAAUGCCCGCAAUACUAUGCUACAAGAAAAAGAAAAAAAAAAAAAGCUUCACUUACUUCAUCGAAAUUGAUAUGACAUUUUAUUCGAUUGUGACUGGUUAAAUAAAAUUUAAAAAACAAUCAUUCCAAAUAUGCCAAAUCCUCUGUCAAGUGCAGCUAAAAAGUGGACAGCCUAAAAACAUGCAACGUGUUGAUAGGAUGGUCCAUUCAUCAGUUUGCUGCAUUCAUCACCCCUUGGCCAUAAUGGAAUGUUGUGAUUGAGACCACCUUGGCCACGCAUAACACUUGUCCAAUGCCUCUAAUAAAAUGGUCAUCUUGGAAAACUAAAA